AGCAGCAAAAGAAGCCAAGAAAUUAAAUAUACGUGUGUGUGUGCGUAUUCUUCUACUUCUACUUCUGCUAUUGCCGUCUCUGUCUCAAGCACGCGUUAAUUUAUUAUACCAGCGACAGUUUUUUGUUUGUGCUUGUGUGUGUGUGUUUGUUUGUGUUUGUGCGGUUGAGUUCACCCCCCGCCCAACCCGAAAAAACAAAACGCACAAAACAAAACGCGAAAUUUCAAACGAAAGUCGCGACGCUUCGAGUCGGUCAAAUAUAACUGAAAUAUCAAUACAUAUACAUACAUAUACAUGUAUGCACACAUAUACAUACAUACAUAUAAUUAUACUUGUAUUAAUACCGAGUCUCUAAGCACUCGCAUCUGUGUAUUUGUAAUGUGAUUUCAAUAAGCGCUAAAACAAAGGCAACAAAUAUCAAAUAUAAGCAAGCUUAACUAACUAAUUAAUCUUCAAUAUAUCGGCUUUAAGGAAACUAUAUAGAAAUGGCCUCCUCGCCCAACCAAGCCGCGCCUCCGGUUCUAUGGCGCGCUCGCCGCAAGAUUGGCCUGCAUUUGCGCAGCAUUGAGGAGCCAGCAUCGACGCCGCUGCAGCUAGCGGCACGACAGCCCGCGGAGCAGGGGGGCACAGGGUACGGUAUGGGCGAGCAUAGCCUGCUGAUUGCCACACAACGCACCGGUGUCCCCCUGCCGCUAUCACAGCAACAGCCACAACCCGCCCACUAUCAGUACAACAACAACAGCAUCAGCAGCAGCAGCGGCAGCGGCAACAAUUGCAACAGCAACAGCAACAUCAACGGCAGCAGCAACAUCAACGGCGGCGCCGGCGGCAGCUAUGUUGCCAGCACAGCGGCUGUCUAUCAGCCGCAGCAGCAGCAGCAGCAACCGUUUUACCAUCAACAGCAGCAACUAUAUCAGAGCUAUUCGCAUCCCUAUCAUCAGACGUCGUCGCCACAGCAUAGCCGGCCCUAUGAUCCGGAGCAUGCGCGCAUGGAGGCAUGGCUGGAUGAGAAUCAGGAGUUUGUACAGGAUUAUUUCAUAAGGAAGGCGACGCGUCAGACCGUGGACGCCUGGCUGGUCUCGCAUGCCACCAGUGCGGGCAACGAUGUCAUCAGCAGCAGCUCGCCCACGCAUCCCAAUGGCCAGACGAGCAGCUCACGUGGCGGCUCCGGCGCCACAACGCCCGUACGCAAAAUUUCGGCGCACGAGUUUGAGCGCGGCGGCCUGCUCAAGCCCAUUGUGAAUACAAUUGAUGGGACGCUCACAUUUCUGAGCAUUGGACCGCAGCUGGAUAAUACGAGCGGCAGUUGCAGCAAUUUGCAGAACGUUGGCGGCGUUAUGUCCGGCCAAUAUCAGUAUCAGCCGCAGCAUCAUCAUAAUCACAACCAUCAUCAUCAUCACAACAAUCAUCAGCAUUAUCAGCACAGUCAUUAUCAGGCUGGCGGCGCUGUCGGCAGCAGCAGCAGCAAUUGCAACCCGACAACAGCAACAAUUGGUGCCACAAGUCCCGGCGGCAAUCCCCAAUGGUAUCCCUAUCAUCAUUGCCAUCAACGGCCGCAGCGUCUCUCCCGCAACGAGCUGAAGCAGCUGGACGAGAAGGAGCUGAUUUUCGAGCUGGUAAAGGACAUUUGCAACGAGCUGGAGGUGCGCACCUUGUGCCACAAGAUCCUGCAGAACGUGUCCAUAUUGUUGAAUGCGGAUCGCGGCUCACUCUUUCUGGUGCAGGGACGCUGCAAUGGCGCCGAUGGACUCAAAAAAUGCCUCGUAUCGAAGCUGUUCGAUGUCUGCCCACGCAGCACAGUCGAGGAAAUGGAACAGCAGGAGGAAGUCCGCGUUGCAUGGGGCACAGGCAUUGCCGGUCACGUGGCGGAGAGCGGCGAGCCGGUCAAUAUACCAGAUGCUUACCAGGAUGAGCGUUUCAAUUGUGAGAUUGAUUCGCAGACCGGCUAUCGGACCAAGGCGCUGCUCUGUAUGCCCAUCAAGGAUUCGGGUGGCGAUGUGAUUGGCGUGGCGCAGGUGAUUAAUAAAAUGAAUGGCGAAUGCUUUUCGGAAAUCGAUGAAAAGGUCUUCGCCUCGUAUCUGCAGUUCUGUGGCAUUGGCCUGCGCAAUGCGCAAUUAUUUGAGAAAUCUCAGCUGGAAAUUAAACGGAAUCAGGUGCUGCUCGAUUUGGCGCGCAUGAUCUUCGAGGAGCAGAGCACCAUUGAGCACAUGGUCUUCCGCAUACUCACCCACAUGCAGAGUCUCAUCCAGUGCCAGCGCGUUCAGAUUCUGCUCGUCCACGAGGCGGACAAGGGCAGCUUCUCGCGUGUCUUUGACUUUGAGGCGAAUGAUCUGAGCGAGGAAGAGGCCAAUUCACGCACCAGCCCCUACGAGUCGCGUUUCCCGAUCAACAUUGGCAUCACCGGCCAUGUGGCCACCACCGGCGAGACGGUCAAUGUGCCCAACGCCUACGAGGAUGAUCGCUUCGAUGCGAGCGUCGAUGAGAAUUCCAGCUUCAAGCAUCGCUCCAUACUCUGCAUGGCCAUUAAGAACUCGCUGGGUCAGAUCAUUGGCGUCAUACAGCUAAUAAAUAAGUUUAAUGAGCUGGACUUCACCAAGAACGACGAGAACUUCGUGGAGGCAUUUGCCAUAUUCUGCGGCAUGGGCAUACACAAUACGCACAUGUACGAGAAGGCGAUUGUGGCAAUGGCCAAGCAGAGCGUGACCCUGGAGGUGCUCAGCUAUCAUGCAUCCGCCACCAUGGAUGAGGCACAUCGUCUGCGGCGCCUGCGUGUGCCCUCUGCUGUACAUUUUCGUCUGCAUGAUUUCAAAUUUGAUGACAUACACUUCGAGGACGAUGAUACGCUAAAGGCCUGUUUGCGCAUGUUUCUGGAUCUCGAUUUCGUGGAGCGUUUUCAUAUCGAUUACGAGGUGCUCUGCCGUUGGCUGCUGAGCGUCAAGAAGAACUAUCGCAAUGUGACCUAUCACAAUUGGCGACACGCCUUCAAUGUGGCCCAAAUGAUGUUUGCCAUUUUAACCACCACGCAAUGGUGGAAGAUCUUUGGCGAAAUCGAAUGCCUGGCCUUGAUUAUUGGCUGCCUGUGCCACGAUCUCGAUCAUCGGGGGACCAACAACUCCUUCCAGAUCAAAGCCUCCUCGCCGCUGGCGCAGCUCUACUCCACAUCCACCAUGGAGCAUCAUCAUUUCGAUCAGUGCUUGAUGAUACUCAACAGUCCCGGCAAUCAGAUUCUGGCCAAUCUUUCGUCAGAUGACUAUUGUCGAGUUAUACGCGUGCUCGAGGAUGCUAUUCUGUCCACGGAUCUAGCUGUCUAUUUCAAAAAACGUGGCCCGUUCCUGGAGAGCGUGCAGGAGCCAUUGAGCUAUUGGGUUGACGAGGAGCCGCGCGCCUUGCUGCGUGCCAUGAGCAUGACUGUCUGUGAUUUGUCGGCCAUAACCAAGCCGUGGGAGAUUGAGAAGCGUGUCGCCGAUUUGGUUAGCUCAGAGUUCUUCGAACAGGGCGACAUGGAGAAACAGGAGCUGAACAUAACGCCCAUUGAUAUCAUGAAUCGCGAGAAGGAGGAUGAGCUGCCCAUGAUGCAGGUGAACUUUAUUGAUUCCAUAUGCCUGCCCAUCUAUGAGGCCUUUGCAAAGCUCUCGGAAAAGCUGGAGCCGCUCGUUGAGGGCGUGCGUGAUAAUCGCGGCCACUGGAUUGACAUGGCCGACGAUGUGAAAACCAAAACUAGUCAGGAUCUUGAGCAGCAGCGGGAGCAGCAGCAAAUUGUGAUAGCGAAUGGUGACAGCCAGCUGGCAUUAACUGAGCAUAAGUUGGCCAAUGAUGAUGCGGAUGUGGCCGAGGAAGCAAGCGUAAAUGGGCUGAAUGUGGGCAAAAGCAGCGCAACUACUAACGACAUUGCCAUCGCUUCUCGUCCCAGCAGCAACCCGCCCAGUGAUGCAUGUGAUGCAGACGAAGCAGAUGAUGUUGAUGAUGAUGAUGAUGAUGAUGGCACUGCAACGAAUGCUGAUGCGGCACAGACAGAUAAUGGCUAUGUCGCUGCCAACAGCAGCAGCCGCAGCAGCAGUCGCAGCAGCAGCUGCCUGUCCUCGAGCAGCUCCUCCACCGUCUCGAGCCGCCUGUCCACGCCGCCACCAACUGGCGAGGAUGACAGCACGCCCGUUUCGCCUUCCAAGACGCUGCAGGCACAGCUGGUCGCCGCCAAUCUGCAGGCGCUCAGCCAGGGCAAGACAACGGCAAAGCCGCGCUGCCGAAGCUGCGACCAGGCGCGCAUCGUCCGCAAGACGAGCUCACUGAAGGGCGCACAGGAGCUGAACGGCGGCAGUUGCAACAGGGAUGUGGCGCUAUGCAAAAGCACGCCGGCCAUCAGCCAUCAGCAUAAUCACAAUCAUCACCAACAGCAUCACCAACAUCAUCACCAUCAACACCAACAUCACCAUCAUCAUCAUCAUCAGAAUCAUCAGCAGCACAUUAUUGGCGGCGGUAUUGGCAGCGCCAGCAUUGGCGGCAGCGGCCUAAUUGGCCUAAUUGGCACGGGCACGGACAGUGAUAAGAUACCAAAAAUUGUGGGCAAACUUGGCCAACUCGAUGGGCUGCCAUACAUUAAUGGUCACGGGCUGCCCUACAGCUAUCCACAGCAGCAACAGUUGCCAACCCAACAGCAGCAGCAACCAUUGCUGAUGCGUCGCCACUCGGAGACCCAGAAUUGUGGGUUGCCCGCCGCUUUGGCAGCGGAUAAAUAAGCGCAAACUUUGACUGUCAUUCAAAGAAUUAUUAUUUGUACAUAGGAGACGACAUUUCUCACGCCCAUUUUCUGUAUAUAUUAACAAAUUGUAAUCGCAACAUUUGAGCAACAGUAUCUAUUGUAAACCUAACAAUAAUAAUACAAUUAAUAGAAAGAUUAAAACAUAUAAAACCACAUACCAUACGCAUAAGCAAAUUGUGGCACAGGCAAUUUGAACAUAAAACGUUAAUUAGCCAGAUUCCGAUUCCUAUAAACUAUAUAAGCAACUAUAUAUAUAUAUAAAGAUAUAAAAAUAUAUACGAGUGUGUAAACGUUAUGCUUACGUAUCAUUUUGACACUCUACGCUGUGUGUUUAACUUCAAUUUUAGUUUAGUGCAAACAUAUGCUAUAUACUAUACUAUAUAUAUAUAAAUAUGAUAAAUAUGAAAAGAACCUAAAAGCAAAGAAGUCAAAUUCCCUAGAAACUUAAGCACAAUAUGUACCAAAAAAAAAAAAAAA